UGUCUUACGUGGCCGGGGGAUGCCGAUAAUCACUUGGGAUCUCAAUGGCGAAUUAAAUGAUCGUGUUGUCAGCAGAAGGCGCUCCGGUCAUAUCUUUCCCAAAACUCGCGGAUCUAUAACCUGCGUAGGAUGAUUCGAUGAGGAGAUCGUGGUGCAUCGGCUCGGCCAUCGCCCUUAACACCGCGAUACCCACAAUUUGUACGUCACGACUGCCGCAGCGCGGACGAGCAAGCGAGUCCCUUCACCUGAGCUGUCUGGAUGGAUCAAUUCGCGCGACCAGCUUCUUCUUGAGUCCAUUGACAUAUUCGAGACCGAUGAUCCAAGUCACAGCCUCCACAUAUCACCGCCUCGCAAGCGAUGAGGUCUCGUGUAUCCAUUCUUUUGCCGACGACAUUCACGGAGCAAAGCUUCUGAAGAGAAUUCUUGGAACAGCAAAUUUUGCCUGCCUGGCUCUUGGCAACCACCGGCACGACUUACAGGGUCGCAUUCCACGUACGCUCCUGCCUGCGAUGGCCGCAGAUGACUCGUGACAGACUCUACGAGUUGCAAUGUGUCUGAUUUGUGGCAUACUAGCCCGCCACUCAGACCGUGACCGAUCUUGACUCACGGACACGCGUUGGCCACGCUGCGUCGUUCAGUGCCCCGAGGCAGCUC